AUGACCACUUUACAUCCCUUUGACCCCAUCACCCCGGGGGAGAUCCAGCUGGCUGCGAAGCUGCUGCAGGCCUCGUUCCCCGGUGUACCUCUACGGUACAAGAAGAUUGACACCCAGGAACCCAUCAAGAAGGAGGUGGUUCCCUAUGUCGAGGCCGAGCGAUUGGGCAAGCCGUUGCCACGCAAGCCCACGCGCCUGCUGCAGGUCCUCUUUCACCGCCUCGAUACUGGGGCUUUCCAUAAGGCUCUCUUGAACGCGGACACUCGGUCGAUUGUCUACGCAAAGGAGCUCCCCAAGGGAGUCCAGGGCCCUGCGGAUGUCGACGAGAUCGUCGAAAUUGAACAGCUCUGCUUGAGCCACCCGGCGGUGCAGGCGGAAGUUGCCAAGUUACAGCUUCCCGCUGGCGCCACCAUCUGCAACGAUCCCUGGAUCUAUGGCACCGACAACGCAAAUGAGACCCGUCGGUUAUGGCAGUGCUACAUGUACGUCAUUGCCACGGACCAUCCCCAGAACAACCACUAUUCGACACCGUGCAGGUUCUCGCCGGUGUUCGAUGGCGUCACCAAGGAGCUCGUCCGCAUGGACUACCUUCCUAGCGGGCCGGAUGGCACGAGCACCGAGACACAGCCGUGGAAGCCGGUCGAGACGGUCCAGUACGCACAUGACUUGCUGGACACGCCGCUGCGAACCGAUCUCAAGCCUUAUAUCGUGCAACAGCCGCAGGGGCCGUCGUUCGAUGUCAAGGGGAAUGUGGUGCAGUGGCAGAAGUGGCGCUUCCGUGUCGGCUUCAACAGUCGUGAGGGGAUGGUCAUUCACAAUCUGACCUAUGACAACCGCAAUGUAUUCUACCGGCUGUCCGUGUCGGAGAUGACCGUGCCGUACGGAGACCCCCGCGCCCCCUUCCACCGCAAGCAAGCCUUCGACGUCGGUGACGUCGGGUUCGGCCUGACAGCCAACCAGCUGGCCUUAGGCUGCGACUGUCUCGGCCACAUCAAGUAUUUCGAUGGAUACCGCGCCGACACCCAAGGCAACCCCGUGCUGCUCAAGAACGUCAUCUGUCUCCACGAACAGGACAACGGCCUGCAGCACAAGCACACCAACUACCGCUCCGGCGCGGCAACAGUAGUGCGCAACCGCCAACUCGUCGUCCAAAUGAUCUGCACCGUCUCCAACUACGAGUACAUCUUCGCCUUCAUCUUCGACCAAGCGGCCAACAUCGAGCUAGAGAUCCGCGCCACAGGCAUCCUCUCCACGGUCCCCUUCGACAACCACAAAUUUGGCACAACAGUCCCCUGGGGCACCAACGUCGGGCCCGGCGUCAUGGCCCCCAACCACCAACACAUGUUCUCUUUCCGCAUGGACCCCGCCAUCGACGGCCACAACAACACAGUCUACUACGAAGACAGCGUCCCCAUGCCCGAGGACGAAAACAACCCCUACCUAGUCGGCUACACCACCGAGCAAACCGUCCUCGGCACAAGCGGCACGGCCAACACCAGCGUCGAACGCCACCGCGUCUUCAAAAUCCGCAACGACACCAAGAUCAACCCCGUCACCUACAAACCCAUCUCCUAUAAACUCCAAACCUCCCCCAGCCAAAUGCUCCUCGCCAGCCCGCGCUCCUUCGGCCUCAAGCGCGCCCAGUUCGCGACCAAACCCAUCUGGGUCACCAAGUACCGCGACGACGAGCUCUUCGCGGCGGGCGAAUUCACCAACCAGAGCCAGGAGAGCGAGGGAGUCGAGAAGUGGGCUGCUCGCAACGAGUCUGUCGAAAACGACGACGUUGUCUUAUGGCAUACCUUCGGACUCACCCACAAUCCCCGCGUCGAAGACUUCCCCGUUAUGCCCAUGGAGCGCGUCAGCGUCAUGCUGCGACCCGAUGGCUUCUUCACCAAGAACCCCGCCCUCGACGUCCCGCAGUCGUCGCAAACAUUCAACCAGUCUACGUUGCACCCUGAAGCGGCGGCCUGCUGUGGCCCUCCGGCUGAGAUUCAAAAGGGAAAGCUGUAG